ACUCUGUUUGGGUACUGGAGGACCAGGGUUGGUGGUACUGGAGGAGUUGAGAAACUCUGGGGUACUGGAGGACCAGGGUUGGUGGGGUACUGGAGGACCAGGGUUGGUGGGGUACUGGAGGACCAGGGUUGGUGGGGUACUGGAGGAGUUGAGAAACUCUGUUGGGGUACUGGAGGACCAGGGUUGGUGGUACUGGAGGACCAGGGUUGGUGGGGUACUGGAGGACCAGGGUUGGUGGGGUACUGGAGGACCAGGGUUGGUGGGGUACUGGAGGACCAGGGUUGGUGGGGUACUGGAGGAGUUGAGAAACACAAGUGUACUACUGUUGACCACUUCUGCCCCCCACUCCAGGAGAAGUAUGAAAGCCAGCACUCGGAGGCGUACCGUCAGAUCUCUACUCUGGAAGAAGACCUGGCUGAGACCACGGCCAUCAGAGACCAGCUCCAUAAAUACAUCAGAGAGCUGGAGCAGGCUAACGAUGACCUGGAGAGAUCCAAGAGGGCGACCAUCAUGUCUCUGGAGGACUUUGAACAGAGGAUGAACCACGUGAUAGAGAGGAAUGCCUUCCUGGAGAGCGAGCUGGAUGAGAAGGAGAACCUACUGGAGUCCGUUCAGAGACUGAAGGAUGAAGCCAGAGAUCUAAGACAGGAGUUGGCUGUCCAACAGAAGCAGGAAAGACGACCGUCCUUCGCUGUCACCAAAGACUCUUCCUCAGACAAGACUGAGGACAAAACAUCCCUCCAUACCUCCCAUUCAUCAACACGACCGCCCUCAUCCCUCCAUACCGCCCCUCCUCCUGCUCUCCCUCCAUCCCUCCUCUCCACGCCCUCCAGACCCCCCCACCCCUCAGCAAGCCCCUUCACCACCCCCCCACCCUCUUACAGCAGAGGCGAUGGCCUAUCGGGUGCUCCUCUCACCACGUCGACACGUAUCUCAGCUCUCAACAUCGUAGGAGAACUGCUGAGGAAAGUCGGGAACCUGGAGUCUAAACUAGCGUCCUGUAGGGAGUUUGUCUAUGAACAGUCUCCUGGUCGCAGUACCCUCUCUGGAGGACAGGGGGCGCCACCCAUCCAGAGAGGCACUUCUUCUGACACACCGUCCACCACCAACGGACUCUACGAGAAAGGGUGAGGGGUUCAACUAUAGCUAGCUCUACGACUGCAUCUGAUAUGGCACCCUAAUCCCUGUAGGCCCUGGUGAAUAGUAGUGUGCUAGGGAAUAGGGUGCCAUUUGUUACUCAACCAAUGACUUGACAAUUUCAUAGGCUAUCUACAAUUGAAUCAAGUAAAGUAAACUGACAUUUCCUCUGUCAGGGAUCUACAUGCUGCUCUGUUUAGUUUGUAACAGACAUUUCCUCUGUCAGGGAUCUACAUGCUGAACAGUUUAGUUUGUAACAGACAUUUCCUCUGUCAGGGAUCUACAUGCUGAACAGUUUAGUUUGUAACAGACAUUUCCUCUGUCAGGGAUCUACAUGCUGAACAGUUUAGUUUGUAACAGACAUUUCCUCUGUCAGGGAUCUACAUGCUGAACAGUUUAGUUUGUAACAGACAUUUACUCUGUCAGGGAUCUACAUGCUGAACAGUUUAGUUUGUAACAGACAUUUCCUCUGUCAGGGAUCUACAUGCUGAACAGUUUAGUUUGUAACAGACAUUUACUCUGUCAGGGAUCUACAUGCUGAACAGUUUAGUUUGUAACAGACAUUUCCUCUGUCAGGGAUCUACAUGCUGAACAGUUUAGUUUGUAACAGACAUUUACUCUGUCAGGGAUCUACAUGCUGAACAGUUUAGUUUGUAACAGACAUUUACUCUGUCAGGGAUCUACAUGCUGAACAGUUUAGUUUGUAACAGACAUUUCCUCUGUCAGGGAUCUACAUGCUGAACAGUUUAGUUUGUAACAGACAUUUCCUCUGUCAGGGAUCUACAUGCUGAACAGUUUAGUUUGUAACAGACAUUUCCUCUGUCAGGGAUCUACAUGCUGAACAGUUUAGUUUGUAACAGACAUUUCCUCUGUCAGGGAUCUACAUGCUGAUCUGUGUAGUUUGCAUUACAUUAAACUGGAACCUGACAGCCCAGCACAUUAAACUGGAACCUGACAGCCCAGCACAUUAAACUGGAACCUGACAGCCCAGCACAUUAAACUGGAACCUGACAGCCCAGCACAUUAAACUGGAACCUGACAGCCCAGCACAUUAAACUGGAACCUGACAGCCCAGCACAUUAAACUGGAACCUGACAGCCCAGCACAUUAAACUGGAACCUGACAGCCCAGCACAUUAAACUGGAACCUGACAGCCCAGCACAUUAAACUGGAACCUGACAGCCCA